AUGGCAGCUCCUCGCGUCCUCCUUCGCUAUUUGAACCAGGCCCAAGCCCAGCGCAUCGAUGAAGAGCUCAUGUCGACCUACGCAUUCUCCAUCGACCAAUUGAUGGAAAUGGCGGGGCUCAGUGUGGCAUGCGUCGUCGAGAACCAGUACGCCCACGUCGCAUCUUCUCCACUCCUUGUCAUCGCUGGGCCCGGCAAUAACGGAGGUGACGCCCUCGUCGCUGCUCGACACUUGAAGCAUUUUGGUUUCCAACCCGAAGUGCUUUAUCCCAAACCGACUCCCAAUCCACUCUACCAACGGCUUGCCCAGCAAUGUCAAGACAUGCACAUCCCGUUUGUGCAGUCCAUCGACACACCAAGUGAUCUCAGUCGGUACAGCCUCGUCGUGGACGGAAUCUUCGGAUUCAGCUUUCGUGCUCCCCCUCGCGCCCCCUUCGACAAAAUUCUGUCGUUGCUGGCAUGCUCUUCGACGCCGAUUGUGUCGAUUGAUAUCCCGUCGGGUUGGGAUGUCGAACUAGGUGGAGACAUCGCUGCUUUCCUCGCCAUAUUCAUCUCGACUUCACCAGGCGACCAAGGCGGCAAUGGCGUUCGCCCCGCUGCCCUCGUGUCACUCACCGCCCCCAAGCAAUGCGCCCAGCACUUCCACGGCCUCCACUUUGUUGGUGGCCGGUUUGUUCCUCCGGCGCUCGCAGCGGCGUACCAUUUGGCCACGCCUCCGUACGUCGGGUCUCAGCAGUUCGCCCCUUGGCCACACGAUCCCCGUGGCGCGACAACAGCGGUCCAUGGCGACACUACCUAAUGGUCCAUGCGACGCUGCCCUUCGCAGCCUCUACAACGAUCGCAGUCCAUAUUACUUUAUCCAAAAAAUCUCUCAAUCAUCCA